AUGGCGUCUACAGUCAUCUCCUCGACACGAAACCUUCGAAGUUCGGAUAAGGAUCAAGAAACACCUAAAAAGAAUCGAAGAGCGAUUGAGAACCUUGCACGCGCGCCUGCGAGUUCAGUGCCGAAGCAAACAAGAUUAAAAGUUGUGAUUCCUGAGGAGAUAUUGGCUCUUACAGAUGAUAUAAUCAUUCGCAUUCCGAUAAAGUACGGGGUUGCACCUGCCUCAGCUCUUGCAACAAUCUAUGCUAAAAAGGAUGUACUCCCUGAUGAUCAACUCCUCAAGACCCUCAUUUAUUCUAGUUCAAGAAAUGGAGCAUACACCAUCUUAGAAGCCGUUAACAAAUUCCGAGGAACAGCCGGAGAGGAAGACAACCCCGAUAGUCUUGCUCUUCAUUUUGUUGAAAGUAAUUGGGUGAAAGGUGCCAAUAGUGUUGACGAUGUGAACAAUAAACGUGAAAUGUCAGAUGAUGUUUUAAUGGACUCGUUUGCUUUUACACAUAUCUGUUUGCGAGUUGCUCUCUCCUUGGGAAAUACUAUUGGUGUGAUUCCCGGCAGCAAGGAGGAUCCUCGUGUCUUAACUGAACAGAUGCGAGAGUUGAAAGAAGGUUUUCCCUCGUGCAAAUGUUCAAACUGCGACUCGGAAGCCGCUGAUUAUCUUGUCCAUAAUUUACCAAGAUUGUGCAAAGGGAAUUAUAAGCAAGCGAUGGAAGAUUUGUUUAAUGUUGAAGGUUUCACAUAUCCGAAAGAAAAAGAAGGCACGAAGGUUUCAGCAGACGAUGGCAAAGGAAGUGGUAGUAAGAGUGUAAAAAAAAAGCGAGGAGCACUCUUGGACCCUGCUCUGGAGGAGCUUGCAGAUGAGUUGGUUUACAUCUUUGAUCUUCAUUACCAAGAUAUAUUCGGGGAGGACGAUUACUGCGAAAGUACAGACUACUUUGGUCUUGAUGAAGCCAAAGGAAUAGUACAGUCACUUGAUAAUAUUACAUGUGCGUCUGAUGUUAAAAAAUUGAUGGGAGGAGAUUUACUUGUUGGAGGUGUAGAUACAGUGUUUAACUACAUAUCUGAUUGGAAGACUCGAGAUAUUGGGAUGGAAUACAAACAUCGGAGGAAGCAGAUCACAUUGGAAAUGAUAGCAGAAGAAGAAAAACAGUCAUCAAAGGAAUUAAAUAAGACUUCAAACCAGCCAGACCGUGUAAUUGUGCCUACACCUGGUAUAUCAAGACAGAAGAAAACAAGGAGAACAUCAGCUCAGGUUCUAGCAGAUAACAAGGCAGCAACACUCAAAAAAGAAUACAACAAACGUUGCUUGAAGUGGUUGAAAGAUAAAGUACCAGAAAACCGACUGGAUGAAAUGGAAUUGGCUUACCAAAAUUCGAUACAAGAGGCCAGUGGAAGCGUUCAAGGCGACCACGAGAAAAGUCUUCUCGAAGCUUCUUGA